UCCCCUGCUGACCAUGAUUCAGCUCGUGAACCUUACCGUCUCCACGUGGAGGAAACCUUUUCCAUGAAAGUGAAUGGUCUGGUCCAGGUCAGAAAGGUUGAAGAUUAGUCACAUGCAUAUUACAUGAGCUGUUAUAAAUAAGCCCUGGAGGACUGUCACAAACGACAUCAGCUUCACAUUAGCUUUACGCCAUCGGAGGGAAAUGAAAGAGUUCUUCAGCGACCGCCAUCCUCGAGGGAUUCUCUUCAGCAUCCUGAGUCGUGAAGGUCCAGACGCGCGCAGCUGUCACUGUAAGCGUUCGGUGCGUUUGAGGAGCCCGGAGACCACCUGCCGUGCGGCUUUUGGGGUCCUGAUAAAGACCAUUGACUUCAUGAAGAGCUUGCCUUCCUUUCAAAGCCUGGCCCUCAGAGAGCGGCUGGUCCUCGCUGAGGAGCGCUGGGAGCCGCUCUUCCUCCUGGGUCUUGCUCAGGAUCACGUCACUUUCGAGGUGAAGGUCGUCCCCGAGGCCAGCAUCCUUAGAAACAUACUGAUGUACGGCCGGCAGAAAGCAGACGACCGCCUGCCCAGCCUGGAACAAGUGCACAGGCUCAGAGCGUUCCUGAACAAAGUCUGGAGUCUGGAUCUGAGUCUCCAAGAGUAUUCAUGUCUCAAAGGUGCAAUGCUGUUCAGUCACGGUGCUCCGGGACUGAAGGACGAGGCACGGACAGCUCCUCACCGCACACUCACAGACAUGCUGUUCAUGGCCAGAGCUCUACAGAUGGAGGCCCGAAGCCUGGCGACGGAGCUGUUUUUAGACCCAUCGCCGGCCACAUGGAUCUCCACAAACUCCUCCACGACAUGAUUGUCAAACAAUGAACGAGUCCUAAAACCUGCGAACGAGUAGUUUAGUUCCAUCAUCAUCAAGUCAGUGUGUUUUUUUUAAAUAUAACUUUUAUUAUUAAGUCUUAAAGGCCUCAAAAGCUGACGAUAUUUACUUAAAGGCAUAGUUCAUCCAAAAAUGAAAAUUCUGUCAUUAAUUACUCAUCCUCAAGUCGUUCCAAAACCAUAAAGACCUGAAUUAAAUCUUUGAAACACAAAUGAAGACAUUUUCUGUAAAAUCAGAGAACUCAAGGAUCUUUACACGUUCAAGGCUCAGAUGCGGAGGAAACUAAUUAUUCAAUAAAGUCAUUUUUUCUGUUUUCUUUGUGGUUGAACCUCUGAUAUUACAUUAAUUACUUUACUGAUUCCCAUCGCUACGUUUCUUCUGGCUUAGGAUCUGUCUAUAGGAUCAGAGAGUGUUCUGGAUGGGUUUGAAACAACAUGAGUGAAUAUGUGAAUAUUAUCUUGGUGAACAAACUGCACAAGUAUGAAAAAUGUUUAUUGGUCCAAGAGCUUAUUUUUUGCAAUAAUGCGAAAACAAAAUAUAUGUAGCUUUUUGUUGUAAAAUGUUUUUGUUUCCAAAAAGGGUGUACUUUGUGCAUCUUUUACUGUUUGUCUCCACCUAUUGGUUGUUCUCUGCCAAACAGUGGUCAAAUGUUAAAAAUGUCUAAAAAUGGAUUUGUUUCUCACAGAAAUGCGUUUUUUAAUUGACAAGAUGUCAGCUGAUGGACUGGAGAGGUGUGGAUUACGGUGAUGUUUUUACACUCUCAUUCUGACGGCACCCAUUCACUGCAGAGCAUCCACCGAUGAGAUGCUACUAAAGUUCUCAAAAUCUGCCCUGAGGGUGAGGACAGUUUCAGCCAAAAUGUUUUUUGUGCGCCCUGUUCCUUUAAAAGUCCUCUGUAGUGUAGCACCUGGCAGUGUUGUUAUUUCCCAUCUGUGACAGGAGCUUGCCCAACCUGUUGCGUUUGUUUGCUGUUGUCAGAGCUCAUGUUUUAUAUGAGCAGACAUAUAAAAUCGUCGGGGCUUAUACUUAUAAACACACCUUAACUCAACUAAUAAAAUGUUCCUUUCACUUCUUGUACUGUUCAUGUGCCCAGUUUUCCUCAGACGCGUGUAAACAAAAAAAAGGCAUCGAAUGUCUCGGUAUUUCUCCUCAGGUAUGACAAGCUUGAGUUUCGAUGCUACCUAAACCAUGAGGAGUGGAUGAAUCAUACACCCGAUGAUUCAUUGAGACAUCCUGGAUGAAGAAGCGUUUGACAAACACAUAAAUUCCCCCGCAGUUCCCCUGUAUUCCUCCCGGGGAGGCUUUAUUAAACAAGGGUGGACUGUUGUUCAACUGAUACAGCAGCGACGGUAAACACACUGGAAGCCAAUGGGAGUAUUAUGCUAAAUCACCUCCAGACUGAUAUUGAGCAACUGACAGCCAGGAAUCAGACUGAUCUAUAAAUGAUUGGCUCACACAGAACACGGUUCAGUUACAACCACAUAACCAUUACCGUGGUCUAAAGAGACAGAUCCAUAAGCCGCUGAUUGCUAAGGUUGUGUAAGGUCAUGUCGCUGUGGUUUAUGGAGCGCUGUAUGUAGGUUAAGAGUCAACAACGGUAAGCGGUGUAGUGAAAGAGCUAUAAACACUGCUCUGGUAAGAUUGAAAGCCUGAUAUCAAGAGACAGCUGUGACUAUAAAUGUCAAAAACAUCAAAAAUGAAGUGUAUAUGAAACUAGUUGUAAUGGUGAAAUAUAAAGUGACACUUAUUUAUCUAUAUGUAUAAAGAAAAAAAAGUGCUUUUGGUUUUAGUUUUGAUAAUUGGUGCUUAACAGCUCAUUUCAGUUUUCAUUAAAUGACCACCCCUGCAGUAUAAAGUCUGGGUAUCUUUUUGUCUAUUUGAAACAGCGAUGCUGGUGAAGACUGCUGACUUGUCAAUGGUCCAGAAGACGAUCGCUGAUAGCCUUCUUCGCAUAGAAGGUCAUUCCUGAAAGGUUCGGCUCUACAGAGUGCUGUAUCAAAGCACAUUAAAAGCAAAGAUGACCGGAAGAGGAAACUGGGUAGGAAAAGCUGCCCACAGGCAACAGGGAAGACCGUGAGCAAAGCAGAUUCAAACACUCGGGAGAGCUUCAGAAAGACUAAACUGGAGUCAACCCCUCAGAUGUCUUCAGGAAAAGGGCUACCAGACCACUUCUGAAACAGAAACAUCGGGAGAAACAUCUCACCUGGGCUAAAGAGAAAAAGAACUGGACUGCUGCUCAGUGUCUCAAAAUUCAUUUGAUUGUAAAUCAAGCUCCGGAGGAAGACUGAAGAGGUACAGUCCACUGUGAAGCUUCUGAAGUCAGUGGUUUGAGGCGCCGUGAUCUCUGCUGGAGGUGUUUUAUCAAGUCAAAAUCAACACAGCCGUCUACUAAAGAUGUUGCAAAUUAUUAUAAUGCUUUUGCAAUUAAUACACCAGCUGUCUGUUCAUGCAUCUUGUGAUAACUCCACAGAUCAACACGUAAAUCACAGACACAAGGUGGAUGACGUACUAAAACAACUCUUGCAGUAAACCAUUAUUGCACAUAACCCCUCCAAAACCAUUAUUUUUAUACAUCACUAAAUGCCUGCAGGAGCACUAACCCAUCCGAUCACACAGCGUGCUUCAAAACGAGACACCUUCGCUGCAUUUCACCUGAAGGCAGAAGCAAAGUCCAUGAAUCAAAAAGUGUCAAACGCCAUACAAAGGAUCAGUUUCAAGUGUUUGCUGAGGCACAUAUUCCUCUGCCCUUUCUCCUUAAGCAAAUAUGACUUUCUGCUCCGAUUUCCUGGUAUUCUCUGGAGGUUUAUGGUUUCGAUAUACGAAGCACUCUGUGUCGCAGCUCAAACUCAAGCGUUCUUACGGAUCACCACUUAAGCAGUCGCGUUCAGUUUCCUGCCGCGGUGUGCACGACAUUUAUUUGCAUACCUCGGAUGCAUUAGAGUAGCGUGAACGUUAGGGCAAUCGAUCG